UUGACUUUCUUUCUUUUAACACACCAACAAAAAUGAAGUCCUUGAAGACCCUCUUCCUUUUGGCAAUGCUGAUGACUUUGGCCAUUUCUGUGCCAGCAAUAUCUCCCGAAAGUGAAGAACCAAAAUGGAAAAACCGGUUCCUUUCUGAGAGGGUGCUGCUGACAUGUGACAAAUAUCCAAAGGUAUGUCACAUUAAAGGUAGCGCAGGGUCUGAUUGCUGCAUGAACAAAUGUGUCAACAUGUCCACAGAUAUCUCCAACUGCGGAAAAUGUGGAAAGAAAUGCAGCUAUGGAAAGAUAUGCUGCCAAGGUAAGUGUGUGAAUCCUCAGACUAACGAGAAGCAUUGUGGGAAAUGUGGCAAUAAGUGCAAUGCCCAAAGUUCAUGCAUCUAUGGGAUGUGCAGCUAUGCGUAGGAUAUCAUGUGAUAUAUAUCAUGUGAUAUAUAUAUAUAUAUAUAUAUAUAUAUAUAUAUAUAUAUAUUA